CUCCGUGUUCAAAUUGUGUCAGAGAAGCGCGCUUCCAUCGCUGAGUUUGUAUGUACAUUGAUACAUAUCUGCAUCCUAACCACUGCUCGCUGAGUGGCCGUGUCAAAAUCUCUGCUAGCUGCUGUACUUCCGGCGCCCUUGGACCCGAGGUGUUCACUUAUCUUAUUAUUGGACCGGCUCCAGCUCUCUUGUUUCUCACAAGGGAGAGGUGGCAUUACCGAACGAAACCCGUGGGUGAAGUCAUAGUUGUGAGGGACAGGGGGUUUUAGAGGGAGACAUUUUCCUUCGCCCGUGAACGCUACUCACCGGCAGUAAAUACACUAUGAUGCGAUUCCGCGAGGAACCGACCAAAAGGUUUAACCCCCCGUACGAUGAAACUUAGAUCCAUCUCUCUGAUAACUUCUCAAAUUGCGGAAGAAAAUACUUCAAUAACAAAUAGAAAUUGGCUUGCACUCUUGUUGGAGUUCUACACGCGGUAACCAUGUAGCGGACUUCUAUACACGCCGGGCUCUGAGGUUUUCUAACACGUCGGCCAAGUGAGUUGUAAAGCUCUCGUCUAUUGAUACAUUCCAUUUUUUACAUGUUGGAAAUUAAAGCAUGGCUGGACUUUUUGGAGAACUCCGCUGUUUUUGUUUGUUCGUGUGUUUUGGUGUUUCUUUGUGUUUCACAAAUUCCUUGGAUUUAGAUUUCAAGCCCAAGACAACCAAAGUAGUAUCUCUCCACAUCAAGUCCAGUAUACUGUACCGUUUUUCGUCCACUAGUGUUACCAGUACUAUAAUUAACGAUGACGUCAGAGCAACGGAAACCUUCUUUGAGGUCACGUUACCGGAUGCAGCAUUCAUUUCAAACUUCACGCUAGAGAUUGACGGAAAUGUUUAUCUGGGAGAAAUCAAGGAAAAGGAGGUAGCUAAGAACACUUACGAAAACGCCCGGUGGAUGGGGCAGUCAGCAGGGCACAUAGAAACCAGACCAAGGGACACAAACAAGUUCAAGAUUUCUAUAAAUAUCGCGGCCUUCAGCGAGGUGACCUUCACCCUGACCUACAAUGAACUGCUCCAGCGGCGGCGCGGGAACUACGACCACACGAUCUACGUCAAUCCGGGUCAGAUCGUGGACAGUCUGCUGGUGGAGGUCACCAUUCAGGAGUCACGUGCCAUCACACAGCUCCAUGUGCCACCGCUCAGAGACGAUAUUCUGACAGAACACCAGAACAGCCUGUGGAAUACCUACGCCACCAUAAGGCGGCCGUCCUUGACCUCAGCCUACAUCCGGUACAACCCGUCCCCGGAAGACCAGAAGCGCGCAUCUUUACAGGGCAUGUCGGGAUUGUUUAUUGUUGAAUACGAUGUAGAGAGGACAACACAUGUUGGAGAAGUGAUGGUGGUCAAUGGGUAUUUUGUUCAUUACUUCGCCCCCCAAGGCCUGCCCAGAAUGAAAAGAAAAGUUUUGUUUAUCCUAGACUACAGUGGAUCUAUGCUGGGCACAAAAAUAACCCAACUCAAGACCGCCAUGUCCGAAAUCUUAUCAAACCUCGCUAAGGGCGAUCGGUUCAACAUCAUCCGGUUUAACGGUGACGUCACAAAAUGGUGGAACCAUUCUGCACUGGUGGAGGUGAACGAGUACAGUGUGAACGCCGCCAAAAACUUCAUAAAUGACAUCGAGGCUGAUGGCUGGACCAACAUCAAUGACGCCCUGAGCGAGGGCAUGGACCUGCUCCAGGAGGAUGACGAGAGGGACCCGACCUACGCCUCCCUGAUGAUCUUCCUGACGGACGGAUACGCCACAGAGGGGGAGAUGGACAACUCCAAAAUCCUGGACACCAUUAGCAGCCGGAACAAGGACAAGGUGCCUAUCUUCAGUCUGUCGUUCGGGGACGAGGCGGACUAUGGCUUCCUGAAGAAGCUGUCAGCCCAGAACAACGGGUUUGUCAGGAAGAUCUACGAGGAGUCGGAUGCUUCUCUACAACUGACGGGGUUCUAUGGCGAAGUCGCCUCCACACUGCUGUCUAACUUAACCUUCCGGUAUCUGGAUGACACGGUGGUAGGGAAAUCUGUCACCAAUACGAUUUAUCCGAUUUUCUUUGAGGGGUCGGAAAUUGUGAUUUCAGGAAAGGUGUCCGAAGUCAACGUGUCAGCCAUGACGUUAGAAAUCUGCGGGACGAGCUCUAAAGGCCCCCUGGAAUGGCGGACAGCUACUGGGAAUAAUAUCUUUGAUCUGAUUCAGAACGCUCCAAGUGAAUUAGUGGCCUCGAAUUUCUCCGACAUUACUGAGAAGAUAUGGGCCUACAUGACAAUCAAACAGCUAUUAAUAAACAGACUCCGUGAACGGAAUGCUACUGCCAGAACCGAACUCAAACGAAAGGCACUUGAACUGGCUCUGAAGUACAACUUUGUGACCCCUCUAACCUCCAUGGUCGUCACCAGGCCCCAGGACGAGAACGUCAUCCGGCCCAGCGCUGACUUACGGUUGAACGACAGCCCUUACUCUGUGUGGGGAGACACACUAAAGGGGAGCUUGGAACUGAAACGGAACAAGCUGUCUUUUGUUGAUAGUGACCCCCAUUUCAUUGUUCGCGUGAAAGGUCUGAAGGAUUCCGUCUGUUUUGAUGUGAUGGGGAAUGAGGGCGACAUAUUCAACCUGGUAAAGGACGAGAUAUCUGGAAUAGUUGUCAAUGCUAAAGUCGCCACAUCAUCAGAAGGGUCACGUAUUAAUUCGACCUCCACCAAACAUAGGAACGGAACUCAAGAGAGCAAAUCUAAUCUAAAAACCUAUUUCGGGGAAAUAACGAUUUCCGGAGAUAACAGUGUUAUCAAUGUGUCGCCCGAUCAAUGGACAGUGAAUGGACUUCCCUACAAUUGGCGACCGGCUCAGACGAUCACGGUACACAGAACAAAGCUGGUGACGGACGGGACAGGCAAAAUGAUUGCCCUCAUGUUUCCUCACAAGAUAACAUUACUGAUUGUUCGUCACAUGAGGACCGAGAGACAGUUAGAGAUGGGGAAAAUUCACUUCCUGGGGUUUUACAUUGUAGACGAUAGGGGAUUUUCUUGGUAUACACACGGACUUUUAGGGCAAUUCAUUUACCGACGAAUAUCUUUAGAAAAAAAGAAAACCUCGAAAAUUGGCAAAACCAGAGGGAAACUGAAAAUAGAAGGAAACACAAAGCGCAUGCGCCGCGUGUCGGCCCUGCUGGGCAAACGUGUUAACUUAGCCAUAAACGAUUAUGUGUCUUGUUGGAUGGUUCAGAGAAAUGGCCGACGGCUGAUUGACGGUGUGUUCACGGACUAUCUUGUAACGAACUCAACGUCACCACAAUACCGGAAACGGAAGCGGAGUAAGACGUAAGGAACAGUCACGUGAUGGAAAAAAGCACAUAGAGAAAGCGGAAAAAAGGAAAAGGUCACGUGAUAAAAAAAAUGCCUCAAUAAUUUAAACUAUGUGAUUAUGAACCAUACGUUGCAAUGUAUUGACCUUAAGCUGUGGUUUGUUAAUAUUUUUAUUAGUUGAAUUGAUCGUUUAUAUGUAUAUUUAUGUACAAACAUUUUAUGAGAUGCAAUAUAUGUUGGUAUUGCAUUCGUUUUGAAGAAUUUACAUCGUUUUUUCUAUUUCUCAAAUACUUUGACUGCUCACUUCAUAUUAGGCUGAUAAAUAUAUUUGACUUUUAUGAAUGGAUAUCACACAAAAAACCCCCAGGAAAUCUACCAACAUUUACUUUCGAGUACAAUAUUACUUCUUGAUAAGAAUGAUUUAUAAUAGAUACAUUGGUUGGUAACUAUUGAAUAAAACUACUACCGUUGAACUAAUAUUUAUCCGAAUAUUCGUAAAAUUAACAUUAUCGCUUUAUUAUUUUCAACUGUCAAAGGAACAAUAAGAGGGAAAAGGUAGAAUUUCUGCCGGCAGGUUUUUUUUUUACAUAAUUGGGAUGUCUUUAUCUAAGACGUUAUGUUUCGUUUCUAUGAUAAAUAUGAUAAACAUGUACAUAAUUAACUUCCUGUGUUUACUCUUUUGUGUUUCAAAUUGUUUUGAAGCUGAUGCAUUUUCUCUCUCAUUUUUACAUGCAUAGUGUAUACAUCACAAACGUGCUACGGUUCCUCGGCGAAAGAAAUAAAUUACACUCCCUGGGAAAAGGAUUCACAUUUCUCUUUCUCUCUCUGUUAUUUGCAUUAUUUAUAAAUUCUUAACGUUUUGCUGGAAAUAUCACUGAAUAAUAUCACCUUAUUUGGCAUUUGUUGUCAGUUAUAAAGGAAUAAAGGUUUAUGAUACAAUAUAUAU